GAUGAUGAUGAUGAUGUCGUGCUGUUGAUAUGAUCAAUGAAAAAGAGGCUACGUGACCGGCCGCUUCCUAUUGGUCGGAUAGACAAUCCCGAGGAAGGCCCACCUACCAAGCGAUCAGUCCCUGACAGCAGCUCCCAUUCCAGGCGAUAUUUCAAUCAGCUGGGCAAUAGAAACAAGUCAUCUUUGUAACAAAAAGAGCUCCAGGACCAGGGUCGACAUGGAUGUGUUCAUGAAAGGGUUGUCCAAAGCUAAAGACGGCAUGGCUAUCGCCGCGGAGAAGACUAAGGAAGGAGCCGCGCUGGCGGCGGAGAAGACUAAAGAAGGCGCCAUGUUUAUCGGCACCAAGGCCAAAGAUGGUGUUGGUUCAGCGAAGGACCUUGCUGGUGGAGCCAUGGGGAAUAUCGCUGCUGCCACCGGCCUGGGGAAGAAGGACGAGUUCCCAUCUGACAUGACCCCUGAGGAGUAUGGGCAGGAGGCCAUGGAAGGAGAGCCACAGGGAGAUCAGCAGGAGGGAGAGACAUAUGACGAGAACCAGCAGGGCCAGGACUACGAACAAGAAGCAUAAAACCAUCAUUCCAAAUCUCCAUCCAACCAGCAGCACAAUUUAUUACAACAAAAAGGACAAACGCUGAAAGUAUCACAAUAAUACAAAUCUAAUCCUGUUGCGAAAAAAUAAAUAAAAAUAAACACAAACAAGCAUUCCACCUGA